AUGGAUUUCGAAAAUCUCUAUAUUAUUGAUUUUUCUGAGGAUUCUCUUAUUUUAUCUCUAAACUAUUCCUAUAAUUUUUCCCCUCAAGAAGGAAAUUCACUGGGUGCUAACCGAAUGUCUCAAAGCAAUGACCACAACAGAGUGGAACUGCACAAAAAGGCCCCCGAAGAGAAGCGUCGUAGUAGAAAACUGCCGCAAGUAAAAAGUGUAAAACAAACAAUUAAAGCAUAA